UAUUCAACAUGGCGACCAUGUCAUACAGACAACCGUGCUUGGAGCUAUUUUUGCUUGUUUUCGCCGCCUGUAUACUACAACCUGGAUAUUUUGAGACUCUUCCAGAGUUAAGUGUUGUGCAAAGAUGGGCUGAGAAGUUGGAUAAUGAAUUUGAAAAAAUUGCUGUGGAUGACACCGGCAGUACAGUGCUGACAAAGAACUAUCAAAGCUUCUACGAUGUCAGGAUUGUCAAGUUUGGCCACGUGAACAGUAUGACAUUGGUGAAUGAAAUGGCUGAGAAGUUGACAACAAUGUUGGGUGGAAAAAUGGAAUCCCUCCGAAGAUCGGUAGUGCUGGCAGAGAAAGCUGCGGCUAACCAUACAUGGGAUUCCAGUCUAAAGCUUGGUAAUGUGGACUACUGGAACUCCAAGGAACCUGGCCAGCUGCUGGACCACCUGGAGUACAGUGACCGCUUCAAACAGAAGAUCAACGCCACUCGCUCCAGUGUCCACAUCCCUGUGGAGAUCUAUGAGGGAGAUAUUCACAUCCUCAAUGGAUUGAUGUGGUCGGAUCAACUAGACACUGUAUUUAGGAGAAACUACCAACGUGACGAUGACAUCUUGUGGCAGUACUUUGGCAGUCAAACUGGUUUCAUGAGAACAUUUCCAGGGAGUUUGUGGACUACACCUGACGAUGAGGUAGACUUGUACGAUGUCCGACGUAGACCGUGGUAUACCCAGGGCUCCAGUUCUCCGAAGGACAUGCUCAUCUUAAUUGAUAGGAGUGGAAGUGUUCACGGUAAAACACUACAGCGUAAGGUUGCGGUCAAAUCCAUUUUGGACACGCUCGGAGAGAACGACUUUGUACAGAUCAUUAUGUUCUCCACUGAAGCUGACUAUGUGAGCUGUUUUAAAACAUUUGUACAGGCCAAUUAUAGGAACAAGAAGCUCCUUGGAAAAGCAGUUGAUGAUCUUACAGCUAAAGGCAUGGCCAAUUUUAAAGUUGGACUUAACUUUGCAUUUGAACAGUUUGAAAAGUUUGAGGCCAAGUUUCAAGACAGAAACAGAACCACAGCUGGUGAGGGUGCAGACUGUAACAAGAUGAUCAUGCUCCUGACUGAUGGAGGCACUGACAUGGCAGAGGAGGUGUUCAAGGAACGAAACUGGGACCGCGAUCGUAUGAUCCGAGUUUUCACUUAUGCUGUUGGACAAACUGCCAACUCUGUAAAAGACAUUAAGUGGAUGUCAUGUGCUAACAGAGGUCGUUUCUCAGAAAUCCCAGCUAUGGGGGCCAUUAGAGCUAAAGUACAGGAAUAUGUGGAUGUGAUUGCCCGCCCUCUUGCUCUCAAACAUAUAGAACUGGAAAAAUGGACGAGUAGUUACUUGGGGAUGUAUAGAUCAAUGGGACUGGGGAUGAUGACCACUGUCACACUGCCUGUAUAUAAUCGUACUGUUGGAGCGUCUAACCAGACAAUCCUUGGAGUUAUGGGAAUAGAUGUAACUACAGCGCAAAUGGAGCAAUUCUCCCCAGCCUGGAAGCUCGGUCCAAAUGGCUACACCUUUGCCAUUAACACCAAUGGUUAUGUGAUAUUUCACCCCCUCCUCAAGAUCAACCAUUAUCUAAAGGAUCCUCCCAAUAUGGAUUUCCUGGACUUAGAGGUGGAGAAUGACAUGACAGUACUGCUGCGCAAGGAUAUGAUUGAUCACAAAAUUGAUUCCAUGACAAUCGAGACUUACGUAAAAUCACCAGACGAGAGACAUGUAGAUGUGGAGAAGAGAAACUAUUCCUACACUGUAAUCAAUGGAACCAACUUCAGUUUGGGAAUUAGCCUGCCACUCUACCAGAAGAGAUUUCCUCAGAUAGAGGGAAAAGCCUGUUAUAUAACUGAUAUCAACCUUACACAGUCAGAAGUCCUGGUUGCUCCGUGGGAUUACUAUGAAGGACAGAGCGAUGGAAAUAUGACAGGAUUGCUAGCUGACCUCCACAAAGUCCUCCAACUCAAACAGAGGUGUGAGAACCUCAACUUUGCUCCUGGCUUGAACGUUGAUAUGGAUAAGGUGAAACACUUGCACUGGGACAUGCAGAUGGUCAAACUGUUUGAUAACUACUGGACAGAUAUGGCAGCCUUUCCCCACCAAAGAAACGAAAGCACAAGCAAUAAUGACACUUCAGUAAACGCUACCCAUGUACAAGUGGUAGCACAUUUCAUGGGAACCACAAGCGGGAUCACUGCAGUCUUUCCCAAAAGUGAGGCUGGUUUAUUAGAGAAAGACCGUGACACCUGGAAGGCUAUCUACUACAGACGGUCCCUUGACACGUCAAAGUCCUGGUUUAGUGUUGACUACACUCUAGACAAGAGGAGUGUGAAUGAUAGUGUCCCCCACAUCCGAAUUACCAAGUCCAUCACCAUGGAUAUAUCUGGUGAUAUGUAUAAACCAGCAGUGGCUGGCGUUUUCAUCUCCCAUGACACGUUGAUGGAGGCAAUGCUGAAGACUAUCAACAAAUAUACAGAGUCGGGAACAUUGAACUGCGGUGAUGAUGCUGAAAUGUUGUGCUAUCUCCUGGAUGACGGGGCUUUCCUUAUUGCUACAAAUCAGGCAGAUAAAUUAACAGAGAUUGGUAGGUUCUUCGGCCAUGUGGAUGCUGGACUGAUGAGUGCUUUAUAUAACACUACAUACCAAAGACUAGAGCAGUACGACUACCAGGCAACAUGUUCCAAGAGUGAAGAUGAUAGUAACAGUGCUGCUUCUUUGUCAUUUAGAAUUCCGUCCAUCAACCUUUUGUUCGACCUCCUGACUGUCAACUGGUUCAGCACCUUCUGGACUUGGACUACAUUUAACUUCAAUCUAUUCAGUUGGCUGUCCCCACAGACAAACGCAGCCUAUGUAGAAGUCCCAGAGGACAUGAUGCCAAACUCUGAUGAAACAGACCACUGUAUAAAGAAGCAGGCACAGUACUAUUUCAGCGACAAACUGGGUACAGGUGCCUUCAAAGAUACAAUUUACCCCUGUGACAAGAACUGUACAAGGGACUUCUAUGCUGUCCGUUUUGUGAAGACCAACCUUCUGUUGUUGGUAGCCACUCCUGAGUGUCCAGAUUGUGAGUCUACAGCUGCCAGUGAGGAACUCAUACAAGAGCCACGUAAAGAUGAUGGUCCCGACUACUGUAAUCUGACGCCUCGUUACAGGAACAACCCAGAGAAAUGUUACGACUAUGAUGAAAAGGAGGAUACAUCCAAGUGUAGCGGGCCUUACUCCCGCCCAGUGUCUACUACAGUCAUUGUCAUAGCAACAAUAGCAUCACUCUUGUCAGCAUUAUUACUGACAGACAGAUAAUGCUUACAGAAGCUUGUGUAACCAAUAUUUUAAUCAAGGACUCCAAACAUAAUUUCCGAAAGACAUUUAUGCGGAUACCUAGCCGUUCAGGAUGACUGAAACGGAGCGUAACAGGUGUCUUUAGGGACUCUGUACAAUGGCGUCCUAGCUACUUCCUGUAGUGAUCUCCUGUCCAUGAAUUCAGACCAAGAAAUGUACAUCGAGAUGUGAACAUAUUUAACAACACUUGUGUUUAAAUCAUGUAAUUAUACAGGUGUUAGACUUGUGUCUAGAUUCUACAUAACACAGAGAUAACAUGAUGAAACAACGGUGGUGAUUCUUCUCCAGAGGAAACAGUGUACCUGUGAUAAGCGUUUACACAGUAUACAAUCAGACUAUGGUUUGUAGAUGGAAUCAUUUUCGUGCCAGAUUUACCACUCGUACAAUGGUGGUAUGUGUGUUUUGGAGAGACUUAAACCUCAAGUUAUAAGGAAUAUGUGUUUGUGUGAGGUGUGUGUUAGUGUGAUAGACUCUGUUGUGAUGUGAGUGUAAAACCUAUCAUUCCAGUGAACCUCGUACAAGUUCCUGUAAGCCAAAGAUGUUGUAUGGGAUUAAAGUCAUAAGGAUGUCUUACUUUCUGAUGGACUCCCAAUGCCUCAUUCCAAAAGAACAUCACACUUUCUCAAAUAAAAUGAAGUCCAAGUUGCUAAAUGGCUCCUUCUUACAUUCAUUGUUAGAUAAUCAGUGAUACCAGCCUUCAUUAACAUUCAUAAACACAUAAAUGUAUUAGUCCAGCAACAUUUUAUCUAGAUUAUUUAUGGGAGAUAAAAUCAGUUACAGUAUGUAGUUUUUGUGACCAAGUGAGGCCUCCUCUGUGUUGUGUUGAGUUCAAUAUCUAGGAUAGAAAAUCAAAGACAGUUUCUAUACAUUGUAUAUGACUGUGUAAUGUUAGGAUUAUGCAUGAAUGAUACAAAGUUGUAUUAUUUUUUAUUGUUUUUUACUUCCAGGAGCUUCACCGCUACAAGAAAGCAAACACCAAAAAAAAAAAAUUUGUGUAUGCAUGUAUUUUUUAUUAUUCAUACCUCCCAAAAAAUAUAUUGUUGAAAAGUUUUGUAAUGAUGAAGGUAACUAACUGUAGCUGCAGGUCUCUAGAACUGUUACAGCUAUAGUUGUGUAUUUCAAUAUUUCAUGUAAGUUUUGUAAUUUUAACAUUUGUACAGUAAGAUGUGAGUGAUUGUUAUGUGUUUAUUUGUUAGUUUAAAACAUAUUUUAUAAACAAAGAAUAUUAGAUAUUAUUUCAGUGUUUUUUUAAUAGUUGUAUUGACACAAGGCUUUAAGUUUGAAAUGUUAUAUAUCAUUGAAAAUAUUUAUGUAUGCAUAUGAGUGGAGUGUGUUUUGUUAUAAAUGAUGAAGUUGCCAAUUUUUAUUUUAUGGUUCUAGUUAUUUGUAAAUUAUGAUAUAAAGCCAUAUUUAUAUACUAUCCAAAGGAUAUAGAGGAAUUGUAUACAGAGUAAACGGUAUAUAUAGUAACUGUAUGUGUCCUUAUUAAACAUUUUAUGUGUUGGGAAUUCA